GUGAAUCGUGAAGUUCUGAGGGAAGCUGCUUGGUUAACUCUUAUUCAAAACUUUGGAUAGACUUAUUUAACUGCAGUUUUUACAAGCCGAAUCUGUAGUGUCCUGACGAAGCCUGUUCGUACGGGUAACGUGGCUUCCAGUCGAGUUUGAAGUGGCCUUUAAAGUGCUCCUCAUGGCAUUAUUUUGGGCGAGAGAGCAGUAAUUAGCAGCGCCCUGUUGAUCAGAUCAGCCAGAGGUCGCAGAACUGCAGUGUAAGCGGUGGUCUCUCAGGACUGUAAGAUGACGGAGUAUAAGUUGGUUGUUGUGGGAGCAGGUGGUGUUGGGAAGAGUGCUUUAACCAUCCAGCUCAUUCAAAAUCACUUUGUGGAUGAAUAUGACCCUACUAUUGAGGACUCUUACAGGAAGCAGGUGGUGAUUGACGGUGAGACGUGUCUGCUGGACAUCCUGGACACUGCAGGGCAGGAAGAGUACAGCGCAAUGAGGGACCAGUACAUGAGGACAGGAGAGGGUUUCCUCUGUGUCUUUGCCAUAAACAACCUCAAAUCCUUCGCCGAUGUGCAUUUGUACAGAGAACAGAUCAAGCGCGUGAAGGACUCGGAUGAUGUUCCCAUGGUCCUAGUGGGGAACAAGUGUGAUUUGGCCAGAACGGUGGACACCAAGCAAGCUCAGGAACUUGCCAGAAGCUACGGCAUUGAGUUUGUAGAAACUUCUGCCAAGACCAGACAGGGAGUUGAGGAUGCUUUUUACACCCUCGUCCGUGAGAUCCGACAUUAUCGCAUGAAAAAGCUGGACAGCAGAGAAGACAGGAAGCAGGGCUGUCUGGGUGUGUCCUGUGAAGUCAUGUGACUGCACUGCCUCCCCCUUUGUUUUUGUUUUUUGUUUUAUGACCAGGCUGGAAGCCUCAUGACCGCGUGCACAGAGUUCGCCCUCUGCUGGCUGAAAGGGAUUCAUGCACAACUGGUCAUCUUUCCUGUUGGCCUGCUGUUAUAGAAAAAUGAGGCCAUUGGACAUUUACGUGUUUCAACAGAGGCUCGUUUGUCUCAUUUAGUACUUGGGUUUUCCCUGUUCAUUGGGAAGAAAAAUGUAAACGGGCAUUGAGUUCUUCUUUCUUGACUUCUGAGCUGUUAUGAACACAACAGCACACUGGCGUUGAUGAAAAUAAAUUCUAUAUUGCAAAAGGGUGCAUCUCAUAAAAACAUGGCCACGUUUCACCACAAAAUGUAAAGAAUAAUUAAGAAAUUAUAUUUUGAAGCUUUUUCCACAUUUGAACAUUUUCAUGGACAUCCCUCCCUGAAAUUCUCAUCUUAAUGCAUCCAAAUGUUUUAUUUGUAAUUCCCAUUAUUCUCAUUGGUGAUACCCAUUGUUGUGAUGCAGUACAUUUUACUGUAAUAUGAUGCUUUCUUUUAAUAGGCCUAAAGGCAGUCUAACACCUACUACUAUGAUGCAUACAUACUUCAGUUUUUUCUCUAAUGUGCAUAGUUGUCAACAAAUGCAAAAACUCGCAAUAGUCCUAUAAGUAGUAUAAAUAUUGUUUACCCAAAAUAUAAUUUUGUAUUUGUUCUUUUGAUUUUUAGGGUGAAACCUGGACCUGUUCUUAGCAGUUUUUUUUUAGAUUCACCCAAGUACGUUUAUUCACGUAAUUACGCUUUAAGUUCAUAGGCAAGAGAAGGAAUUGGGUUUUUAAAUGGUAUUUAAAUUGGGAUUAAUGUAAUAUAAGACUAUCCCCAUUUAUCUUAAAAUAAAAGCUGUUAUCUUCAGUUCUUUUAAACGUUUCAAAAAUCUCAGACCUGAGAAGAGAGAACAUGAAAUGCCCUUUAAUCUUAAUCCGCAGGUUCAAUGCUCAGGAAUACUGUGAAUGCAGACGUUCUUCAGAAAUGAGUGGGAUUAUUUCUGUUUAUUUCUUUCCCUUUUGCCUUUCUUUUCCCCUUUUUUAUUUUUUGUUGUAGCCAAAGAGUUUGUUUAGCAUUUACGUUUACCAUUUUGUUUCAUAUACUGUAGUUCCAUUCACUCUAGAGUCUAGAGUUACUUUUAUCCUCUUUGCUCUCAGAUGUUAAUUGUAUAUUUUGACAUAUAUUACAUAAUGAUUAGAAUGAUUUGGUUUAGAUACAGAAAAGUCAAUCAGAUUUCAAGCAUGGGAUGUGAUGGAUCUUACUUUAAGGGCCUUUUGAAACAUGGUGCUGCUGGUGUACAUGCCAAAUCUGUAUGCCACCUUCUGCGUCCUGUAUAGCAUGCCAUCUUUUAGCCCAUGUUAAAGGGGUCAUAUGACGUUGCUAAAAAGAACAUUAUUUUGUGUAUUUGGUGUAAUG